AGCAAGCUAGUUAGCCAAGCUAAAAAACGAACAGCACGGUUUUGUGGAAAAAAAUUAUCGACAGGGUGAGUUUAAUACUGUGUUAUGACAACAGAAAGGUCUUGCAAUCAUUUUUAACUGAGGUAUCACCUAGCACCACCAUGGGGAAAUCCAAACAGAUCGGAAACCACAACAGUACCAGGAAGAAGAGUAUUGGCAAGACAUGGAAGACAAAGAAUUAUAAGAAGCACUUGGACGAAAUCCAUGCAGACAUGAAGCCCUCAGCUGCAGCCAAGUUGCUCAAACAGGAGGUGGACUAUGAUGUCACUGGCAGUGCCCAGCACUACUGUUUACAUUGCGCACGAUAUUUUAUUGACGUGAAAGCCCUGAAGGACCACUUUAAAACCAAAGUGCACAAGAAACGGAUUAAGCUGUUGAAGGAUGAACCCUACACUCAGGCAGAAGCAGAUAGAGCUGCAGGUAUGGGUUCUUAUAUACCUCACAAAACCGUAGAGGUGAAAACACAAGAGGUGGAAGAGAAGAUGGACUGAAUGUGGACUGCCGUUCUUUAAGAACGUCUUACUUUUUGGUGACUCUGAACUAUGGACAUUGCUUUACAUAAAUGCAUUACCCAUAUAUAUGUACAUGCACCUGUAGAUAUGUAAUGUCUGUGGCGCAAAAUGUGAACUUGUUGACAGAAACAAUAAUAAACUAAAAGGAAAUGGA